CGCCCCGAUCUCACCGCUGCUGCCUCCGGCCUGACCCUCAGCCCCGCGAAGCCAUGCCCACCGUCAACGUCGACAAGGAAACGCUCUUCAAGGAGCUUGGUCGCUCUUACACUACCAGUGAGUUUGAGGAACUCUGUUUCGAGUUUGGUAUCGAGCUAGAAGAUGAUACAUCGGAGCGUGAGAUGGCCACGAAGGAGGUUGGUGCCGAGAAGGCCAAGGAUCUUUCGGAUCGCCCCAUCUAUCGAAUCGAUAUCCCUGCCAACCGCUACGACAUGCUCUGUGGCGAAGGUAUUGCCAGAGCGCUUCGCACUUAUCUCGGCCUCCAGAAGCCGGUUGAAUAUAAGCUAGCGACCCCGAAGAAGCUGGAGCAGCUCCACGUCAAACCCGAGACCGGUGCCGUCCGUCCUUUUGUUGUUGCUGCCAUUCUCCGCAACAUCACCUUCGACCAGUUGGCGUAUGACAGUUUCAUUGAACUUCAAGAGAAGCUCCACAACAACAUCUGUCGCAAGAGAACUCUUGUUGCGAUAGGCACGCAUGAUCUCGAUACGAUUGUCGGGCCGUUCUCAUACGAAGCCCUCAGGCCCUUGGAUAUCAACUUUGUUCCACUGAACCAAGCAAAGUCCAUGAAUGGCGAAGAGCUCAUGACCUUCUAUGAGGCUGACCGUCGCCUCAGCAAAUAUCUUCCCAUCAUUCGAAGUGAACCUCGCUACCCUGUGAUUUACGAUAGCAAGCGCACGGUCUUGUCGCUUCCCCCUAUCAUCAACGGUGAUCACUCCAAGAUUCGUCUGACGACCAAAAAUGUCUUUAUCGAAUGUACCGCCACGGAUCUGACCAAAGCCAAAAUCGUCCUCAAUACCGUUGUAACUAUGUUUUCGCAAUACUGUGCGGACAAGUACACCAUCGAACCCGUUGAGAUUGUCCAGCCAGACGGAACGUCAGCCGUGUAUCCCGACAUCUCGAACCGUAAAAUGGAAGCCAGCGUCGACUACAUCAACAAAUCGAUUGGAAUCAAGCUACCCGUCGAUGAUGUCGCAAAGCUACUCACGAAGAUGUCGCUGUCUGCGCGCUACUCAAAGGACAGACGCACCGUUCAUGUCAGCAUUCCCCCAACCCGUAGCGAUGUCCUCCAUCCCUGCGAUAUCAUGGAGGACGUGGCCAUUGCCUACGGAUACAACAACAUUCCCAAGACUGCCCCGAAAGCCAGCACAGUGGCCGCUCCUUUCCCACUUAAUAAGUUGACGGAUCUGCUGCGCCGUGAAAUGACUCUCUCUGGCUACACUGAAGUUUUGCCUCUGAUCUUGUGCUCCCAUGAUGAAAACUUUGCUUUCCUCAACAAAAAAGAUGGCGGUGAAGCCAUCCAACUUUCGAACCCGAAAACCAUCGAAUAUCAGGUUGUCCGCACGAGCUUGUUGCCCGGAAUCUUGAAGACUGUUGCCCACAACAAGAAGCUCCCCCUACCUUUGAAGGUCUUUGAGGUUUCUGAUGUGGCCUUCAAAGAUGACAGCAUCGAGAGGCGCGCUCGCAACCAACGAAACCUUUGUGUUGUCUACUCUAACAAGACAUCCGGAUUCGAGAUAAUCCAUGGUGUCCUGGAUCGUUUGAUGGCCAUGUUGGCUGUUCCCCUCGGCCGUAUCGGCGAGGACGCAGGAUAUUACAUUGCCGAAAGCGAGAAUCCCACCUACUUUCCAGGACGAAGAGCCGACGUGUACUACAACGGCAACGUGAUCGGCUCGAUGGGCAUUGUCCAUCCGGAUGUAUUGUCAAAGUUCGAAAUCGGCUUUCCCUGCACUGCCUUGGAAAUCAAUGUGGAGCACUUUUUGUAACACAUGAGCUAUUCAGACGUCACAAGCGACUAAGUGAGGGUAGAUCCUCCGCUCAAACGCCACAUCCGUCGAAGGCUUCAGACAUCAUUCUGGAACGUGAGAAAUCGACUGACCAUUCGUAGGAGAUGUGUAUCCCUCAGGACCUCUGUUGGAAGUUCGGAACUGGCGGCGAAAUUCAAAUAUUCGACUCUGCGUCAGAAAAGGUGAUGAAUACACAAGGAAAUACUUCCAACUGCAUUCUUACAUAAAUAGUGCGGCAAGAGAGGUG